GCAAGUAAACGUCAAAUGACUAAGAAACUGCGCCAUUCUCGUACGUCCUACGCUGUUUUUAUGGCGGAACGGCUGCUGUGCAUCCUCACUCUGCGUACUCGUCGUUAAAGAAUUACCUCUCGGCAGCAGGUGAGGUCAAAUGCAGAGGAAAGGAGCGGAAGAGCUUUGCUGACAGGUGGAAAAUAUUUUAGCUUUGAGCUAAAAAUAAUAAUAAUCAUAAUAAGGAGUCGAUGGACGAGACGAAAGCGGCGCUGACCGACAGCCUCAUAAUAUGGCUGCAGACCUUCAACACUACUGCGCCCUGCAGCACAGUGGCAGAGCUGACCACUGGAGCAGCAAUAUCACAGGCGCUGCAUCAAAUAGACCCAGCUUGGUUCAAUGAUGGAUGGCUCACUCGUAUCAAAGCAGAUGUUGAGGACAACUGGAGACUGAAGAUGAACAACCUGAAGAAGAUACUUCAGAUGAUGGUUGAUUAUUAUAAUGAGAUCCUAGCCCAGGAAAUCUCAGAUUUCCCCCUUCCAGAUGUGGCUCUGGCGGCAGAGAAUUCAGACGCUGUCGAGCUGGGGAGGCUUCUGCAGCUCGUAUUAGGCUGUGCUGUCAAAUGUGAGCGUAAACAAGAAUACAUUCAGAUCAUCAUGACCUUGGAGGAGUCUGUACAGCAUGUUGUCAUGACAGCUAUCCAGGAGCUCAUGAGUAAAGAGAUCAUGGCCCCGUUUGGAACAGAACUGUCAGGGGACUUGGAACAGCAGCUUAAAAAAGCUCUAGAAGACAUGACUGAACUUCUCGCAGAGAAGGAAGCAUUGGCCCAGCGCUGUCAAGAGCUUGACAUGCAGGUGGCUGUUCUUCAAGAGGAACGGAACAGCUUAUUGGCUGAGAAUGAUGUACUAACAGACCGAGCCAAUCAGUUGGACACAUUCGACGACCCGAGCACACCCUCAGGGAGGAAACACAGCCAGCUGCAGCAACAGUUAGAGGCGCUGCAGGAGGAGAACUUCAGGCUGGAGGCCGCUAAGGAUGACUACCGGAUCCACUGUGAAGAGCUGGAGAAGCAGCUGAUUGAGGUUCAGCAUCGUAACGACGAGCUCACCAGCCUGGCAGAAGAAUCUCGAGCUCUCAAAGAUGAACUGGACGUUUUGAGGAACUGCUCAGAUCGGGUGGUGAUGCUCGAGGCUUCAGUGGAAACAUACAAACGUAAACUGGAGAAUCUUGGUGAUCUGAAGAGGCAGAUGAAGCUGCUGGAGGAGAAUAACAUGACCUACAUGCAGAACACUGUUAGCUUGGAGGAAGAGCUGCGCAAGGCCAAUGCUGCCCGUGCACAGCUGGAGACCUACAAGAGACAGGUCCAGGAGUUACACAAGAAGUUGUCUGAGGAGACGAGGCGAGCAGACAACCUGGCCUAUGAGAUGAAGAAGUUGGAGGAAAAGCAUGAGACUGUUAUAAAGGAGAAAGAGAGGAUCAUCAUGGAAAGAGAGUCUCUAAGGGAGGUUAAUGAGGAGCUGCGAUGCACUCAGGCCCAACAGCACCAGCUCUCCCAAGCAGGGAUCCUUCCUUCUGGCAGCCCCAGCCACGACAACUUGGCAGCUGAAUUAAUACCCAUUGAGUACAGAGAAAAGUUCAUCAGGCUGCAACAUGAGAACAAGAUGCUUAGAGUACAGCAGGAGGAGUACGAGAGGGAGAAUAUCACUGCACUGCAGCUGCAGCUGGAGGAAGCACAUAAGACCCGCAGUGAACUGGACACUGAGAACAGACUGAGUCGAGAGCGGAUCACUGAGCUGCAGCAGCAGGUCGAGGAUCUCCAGAAGGCUCUGCAGAGUCAGGCGGCUAAACCUGAUGAUUCAAACCUGAAGCGGAAACUUGAUGCACACAUGGUCCAGCUGAACGAGGCUCAGGAUGAAAUCAUGAAGAAGAAAGAGCUGCUGGAGGACCUGCAGCCUGACAACACUCAGAAUUCCUUGAAGCUGGACGAGCUGAUGGCCGCUCUGAAGAAGAAAGAUGAUGACAUGAGGGCCAUGGAAGAGAGGUAUAAAAUGUACCUGGAGAAAGCUCGCAAUGUGAUCCGAGCACUGGAUCCUAAACUAAAUCCAGCCACCGCUGAGAUCCAGGCUCUGAGGAACCUGUUAGCUGAUCGGGACAAGCAGAUUGUCAACCUGGAGCGUCAGUGUGAGCAGGCCAGACUGAGAGAGUAUGAGGAGAAGCUGAUCGUCACAGCGUGGUACAACAAGAGUCUCAGCUUUCAGAAGUUGGCAGUUGAAUCACGUCUCGGUGGCUGCACAUCCUCCAUGGUGUCCCCCAGCCAGUCCUUCUUGUCCCAGCAGCGCCAGGUCUCAAACACCCCGCGUCGGGCACUUUCCAUCAGCGUGCCUGCCACUACCUCCAAAUAGAGCCAAAUGUCUGAUCUUUUAUUCAGUUAAGGGAAACUAAACCCUCCCUCACUCCUUCCCUUCCCACCAGUGAGCACUAAAGUGACCUUAAACACAACUGGCUCUCAGCGCUUGGGGGGAGGGGUCACAGAUGAGCUGAUUGGAAUCAAUGAGCACUUCUGGUACUUAUCAAAAACAACCCAAUAUGUAGGUCAGCCUCCUGAGGUCUCCACCACAUACUGUCCCACAAGACACUGGCUACAGGCUAACUUUGCAUAGAAGAUGAAUCCACAACCUGCGUUCACCUCACUAGCUUAAGUAGCGCACCCCAACCGUAGACUUGGAGCAUAUUUCCCAUCUCCCCUGAACACUCGCUAUAAUCAAUUCAGCCUUCGCUCUCUUGUAUCCUGUCAUGCUGUGUCCUUGAUCAGAUCGGGAGCGAGUGAAAUGUAAAUGCUUUAUUACUUUAUUCUCAAUCAUAGCCCAUAAUAUAUGAAUGUGAUUUUAAAAAAAAAAAAGAAGAAAAAAAAAGGGUUACUUGAAUGCUAAAGCCAAUUAAAUGUAACUUCAAAUGAUUGUUGAUCUAUGUAAAAACUUCCAUCACACUAUGCACUUAAAGGGCAACUCCACCAAUUUUACAUUACAGUGACCAUACAGGUCUCAGGGAGCACAACUGCUUAUGAGGAAAAAGGUAGUAUAAAGCCUUGUAGCUCACUAGAGGAAAUUUGGGGUCACAAAAGGCUUUAUACUACUUUUUCUCACAUAUGUAGUUAUACUCCCCAAGACCCACGAACACACUUUAAUAUGUAAAAAUGGUGGAGUUACCUUUUAAAGGAGUACUGAAGUUGUCAUUCAUCACACUGAUGAAAAAGACAAACAUGUUUCAGAGGUCUUUGAGAAAAUGAUUGCUGUAUUUGGUGCUGGACGCCAACUGCUUUGAAGCAUCAAACAUCAGUGGCUAAGAAUUUUUGUACUAAACUGGAACAAGCCCAUCACAAGCUGUGAAAAUCCUACAAAUCAUUUUAAGUAAAAUCAACCUCUGAGGUGCUGCGACAACAAAUCAUACGCAAGAAAUUCAGGAUGUGCAUUUCUCAUGUAUUUUCUAUAUUCCUAAAGUGUGAUUUGACCUCCUUACUGGCAGCAUGCUCUAAAUUAAAAGUGGCAGGCCUUAUUAUUCACUGAAUAUCUUGAAGCUUAUUUUAGUAGCGAGUAAACGAGUCUAUAAUCUAUGAAGUCUUACAGCUGUCAUGUGAACAUGAUUUGAACACCAGCUUCUGAUCCAUACGUCAGAACCAGGUUAAGCUUUCUUACAGUACCUGCAAAUUGUAACUUGAGAAUUUUUAUUCACUGUAGUUUCUAUUGUAUUUAACCAUGGACUUGUUUCAGGUUGUUUUAAUGUUGGAAGUACAGAGCCCUGUAGAGAAGCUUUGAUAUUGGGUGAUAUUGGCUGUUCAAGCUUAUGGGGUCUUAAGUUCAACUGCACUAGUGUCACAAAAGGAAAUGGCUGUUGAUUGCCUUGUCACUCUGUAUGUCUGCAAUAACCCUGAAGAGGCAUUUCAUUAUGGUUUUGUUAUUUGUGAUCAAUAGUAAUGUAUGUCAGAGCGCUUUUAUUUACUUUUGCAGUGGAUGAUCCUUUGUAGAUUGCUGAUUUAAAAGCUCAUUUGUCAUUUAUAUGAAAAUAAGAAGUACGAUCAAACGUAGCGCAUCACAGAACCUACAUGUGUAGUGUUGAAUGUUUGUGUGUACAUGAAGAAAAGUGAGGAAGGCAUUAUGAAUUUUCAGGAAUUUAAGGAGUUAAACAUUUUAAAUUCUUUGGUUUUCUUGUGAAUAAAUAAAUUCUUUUUCUUAUAAAGUGUG